CUCAGGUUGAAGCGGCUUUUCCUCACUGUUCCUCCCUGCGCCCGACUGUGUUCUACCUCAGUGCUGUAAAUCAGGGGGCUUUCCAUCAACAGCUUCUCUUCAGUUCUUUUGUGCUAUCAGUAACAAUGGCCGAUACCGCUGUAGAUACGACUACGACCACCACCCCCGAGGUUACCGCUAAGGAACUGAAGGAGAAGAAAGAAGAAGUUACUGAGGAGGUGCAGGAGGCUGCAAAGGAGAACGGCAACGGAGAAGCACCUGCCAAUGGCACGACCAACGGUUCUUCUCAUGAUGAAACCCACAAAGAGGAAGAGGCAGCUGAAAAACCUGCAGAGGGGGAGGGUGAAGAAAAAGCUGCAGAAGAGGAAGCAGAUGGACAGGCAGUGAAACGUCCUGCAGAGGAGGAGGAGUCAGCCGAAACAAAAAAACAGAAGACUGAGGAAAAUGGCGAGUCCACAGAAGCUGAAGCAACAGCUUAAAGCCUUUGCUAUCUUUGGUGGUGCUGUCUGCAUGGUCAAUCUAAUGUAGUAGAGGUUUUGCUUUGCUGUAUGUUUUAUUCUGUUUUCUCCCCCAUGAGAUUAAUUUACACUUUAUCCUGUAACAAUGUGACCCAUUUUUAUUUAUUGGUAUAGGAGCAACCUUUUAGUACACUUUUAUACAACUUUUUAUUUUAUACACAUUUGUAAGCACAGCCUCUACUGUCGUUUUUGACCUGCAGAUGAACUCGCAAGCUGAUAACUUUUUUUUUUAAAUUGUGUUUUGGCAUUUUCAUGGGUAAUAACUCUGAUUCACUUAAGACCAAAGAUGAAGUUUUAAGCAGGGGCUUAUUUGAUGUUUCAUCUUGACUGUUUGUGCUGCUAGUAGUUAAUCCCUUGCUUGGCUGCUCUGUUACCACAGCAGAUGGCAUCUGUUAAUGGAUUUCGUUAUGGCAUGUCGUUAAAAAGAAGGUUAAUUUGUUAAUUCUGUCCAGAUUAUGGGAAUUAACCCCUCUUAAACCUCAAUGUUUUUGGUCUUUUGUUUCACAUGCAUUCCAGAAGAUUUGUACCUUUCAUAUUAAUAUGUACAGUUUGGGUUUGUUUGGUUUUUGUAUUGGGGGGGUACAGGAUAGGAUGGAAACAGUGCAUCAGAUAAAACGUUAGCACUGAUGUUUUGUGUUUCGGUUCCUUUUGACCACUGCUUUGUAUAUUCUGGUUCAGAAAAAUAAUUAAAAUCAGUCUUGUCUUUGUAAA